AAGUCCCACAGCAAGAUGUUUGUCAGGAGGAGGAGGUUGAAACGGCCCAKGAGGAAGCAGAACCUCCUCAGAUGAACCAGAACCAGACUAAACACAGCAUGAACCGGGAGUUGGAGCAGCUGAUGCAGGAGUUGAAGGCUCAGAACUUAUUGGAACUGCAACAACAUCAUGUCUACAAGGAGGAGGUUCUUAAGACUGAUACCUUCAUUGAGAGUUCAACUUAUGAAGAACGUGACCACAGUGAACCAGAACCAAGCAUGGACCAGCUCCACUCUAACUUGUCCCCUGUAGAUGAGAUCUAUGACCAUGAAGGAAGCAAGCAGGAAGAACCAGGACCAAGUCCAAACUUAGUUCUGAAGGCAAAGAAGAGUUCUGACAGAAGCAGAAGUAAGACUGUAAAAAGCUCUUAUCUGUCAGACAGUCUGUGUGAUGUUGACUCAGAUAAGACUUUAGUCAAACGAGACGUUUGUGGUAAAACUGUGAAGAUAAAAUCCUCUUUGAAGAAAUGUGGCAGAAUUCACACAGGUGAGAAAUCAGUUUGUGCCUCAUCAACAUCACAACACAGUCUCAGAGAUAAGAGAAAACCAAACACUGACAAGAGUCACAGAACAGGUUUUUCUCAUUUAUCAUCAGUGAACCGUCACAAUAAAUUUCACUUACAGGAAAAAUCAUAUUCAUGUAAAUUAUGUGAGAAAACAUUCAAACACAAUACCCGUUUGUUGUCCCACAUGAGAAGUCAUGAAGGAAAAACAUCACAUGCUUGUAAAGAAUGUGGGAAAUACUUUAGUUAUAAGCAUCAUUUAUUGACCCACAUGAGAACUCACACUGGUGAGAAGCCCUUUUCUUGUGAACAGUGUGAGAAGAGUUUCAGUCAUAAGAACAGUUUAUUGCUCCAUAUGAGAAAUCACACUGGUGAGAAGCCCUUUUCUUGUAAACAAUGUGGGAAAAGAUUCAUUCGAAAGGCCAACCUAUUGACCCACAUGAGAACUCACACUGGUGAGAAGCCCUUUUCUUGUAAACAAUGUGGGAAAAGAUUCAGUCAAAAGCCCAACCUAUUGACCCACAUGAGAACUCACACUGGUGAGAAGCCCUUUUCUUGUAAACAAUGUGGGAAAAGAUUCAGUCAAAAGUCCAACCUAUUGACCCACAUGAGAACUCACACUGGUGAGAAGUCCUUUUCUUGUAGACAAUGUGGGAAAAGAUUCAGACAAAAGGCCAACCUAUUGAACCACAUGAGAACUCACACUGGUGAGAAGCCCUUUUCUUGUAAACAGUGUGGGAAAAGAGUCAGUCGAAAGGCCAGCCUAUUGACCCACAUGAGAACUCACACUGGUGAGAAGCCUGUGUUGAAGUCUUUGUAGCACCAUAGACAAUAAAACUUUGAUUUUGACUCCAAAAAUUUGAUCUUCAUUUGAGACUAUCUGGUAAAAUUGGACAACAAGAGAUUAGUCUUAGAAAUUAGAAUAAUCUGAUGUUGCAUUUCAGACUAGCCACUUCCCUAACCAUUUAUAAAAUAAAAUUUGAAACAUCUCUAUACCUUUUACCUUUUGGCACAAUCUGAAAUGUGCUUUUAUUUCUUUUACUUAUUUUAUUCUUUUUUUGAUCUUGAUUUGUUCUGAAUAUUUGUUUACCGUAGAUUUCAUGUACAGCCCUUUGUUGCAGCUGGGGUAGUUUUUAAAAUACAUUAUAAAUAAAGUAAUAUUAGCAUCAUCACAGCCACAGAACAUUACCCUGACCUGCUGUUUGUCUCAGAAGUAAGACCAUGAAUCAUGAAGAUAUGUAGAACUACUGGAGUGUGCGGAAAAUGUGACCGUGUGAUCAGCUGUAGAAGCUAAGCGGCUAAGCUUAACAGGCAAAAGUCUGGAUUUACCAUUACAUGUUGGUACUGUAGUGGGAAAAAAGGACUGACAAUGUAAAAAUCAUAAAAAC